AUGAAAUCCUCCAACGUGAUCUUUGGCUGUGCGUCCAAUGCCAUUCUCUCCAACCGUCUCUGUUCCUUGGUUUUGAGAACAAAUCCUGGCGGAAGAGAGUGUCUGUACUUACACUCCUUGUUCUGUUUCGGAUCAGAGUCCGGACACGUCCAGAACCAACCGUAUUUUCCAUCCUCCACCGCGCGGAUGAAAUGCUUACAAACAAUGUCUGUGGUGGUCUUUGGGUUGCCAUGCUUGGACAAAAUCACCUUUCUCAGCUUCUCCUCGUCCCAGUUGUCCAUUGUGUCCAAUUUCUUCUCCUCGUCCUUGUCGUCCGAGUACAAAUCUCUCUUGGCGGCCUUUCUACCCACCGUCAGGUCGUGGCUGAACUUACAGUUCUUGCCUCUUGUACACGCACCAGCUUUGAAAAAUUCACACAAGAUCGACUUUGGAUCCACUCCAAACGGCACUUUCUGUGUGGGGAUAGACGAUUGCAGCAGCUUGGCCGCCUCCUUCUUGGCGUCCUCGGCAGCCUUCUUCUCGGCAGCACGCUGCUUGGCCAUGGCCUCGGCCCGCUUGUCUACUCCCUGA